AUGGCUAUCAAAGAGAGACUUUACACUCUUGAUUCAAAGCUUAUGCAACAUAAACACUACACCAAUAGAUGCUACCUUUGUAUGUCUGGUUGGGAGUCAUUGGAUCACCUAUUCUUCAAGUGCUCAUUCAGUAGCUCAGUUUGGGAAUUCAUACAGAAUGUUGCUGGGUUCUACAUUAGGCCAAAUUGUUGGACUGAUCUCAUUUCAUGGUGUUCAUCCAACUGGCAAAUGAAUCAUUUCACACUGCAUAAACUCUUGCUCUCGACUGCUUUCUACUUUAUCUGGUUUGAAAGAAAUGCAAGGGCCUUCAGAAAUAAGGCUUCCAGUGCUCAACAUAUCAUUCAACUCAUCAAAAGUUGCAUCAGAUCAAGACUAUCAUCACUGGUUUUGAAGAAGGAGGCUGAGCUUAACCAAAAACAUUCAAUGGAGGAUAUGCAGAAGAUGUUCCUUGAUGGAUGUGCAUUUGUUGGCUGCCACACAUGGCUUCUUUCAGAUGAUUAA